AUGGCGAAUGUUCCUAAAACUCACUGGACUUUCUGUAAGAAGUGUGGCAAACACCAACCCCACAAAGUGACACAGUACAAGAAGGGCAAGGAUUCUCUGUAUGCUCAGGGAAAGUGGCGUUAUGACAGGAAGCAGAGAGGCUAUGGUGGGCAGACUAAACCAAUUUUCCAGAAAAAGGCUAAAACUACAAAGAAGAUUGUGCUGAGGUUUGAGAGCAUUGACCCUGACUGCAGAUCUAAGAGAAUGCUGGCCAGUAAGAGAUGCAGGCAUUUUGAACUGGGAGGAGAUAAGAAGAGAAAGGCCUAA